GUUCCGUCGGUCAGGUUCUUCACAGUUCUUUAGUCCACAACGAUCACGCGGGGAGAGUACGUCGUAUGGAUUCUCGUUUGCGCUUCGUGUAAUUCAUACGAUACAUACGCGUAACGGGCGCGAUAAUCUUGUCGCAGUGUCGUGCGUUUGUUACGGCAACACGGAGGUCGUUACUUUCGCGAGGACACGGGCUGUUGAUCUCGCGCGUUAUCGAAACACGGUCCGUUUCGGGUGAAAGUGUAGCUUUAUAAAAGCGAGACUAACUUCAAGUAGACGAGGUUUACAAAAUCAUCAUCUUCCGUUGCGUGAAUGUUCCGCGCACUCGCGACCUUCGAGCUCGGAAUUAUUAUUCAACAACAAUGUAUCCGUAAUCAUAAGUCGAGUAUCCUCGUCGAGCUGGAAACGCGGCUAGAAACAGCGUUCGAUGAGAACUCGUGGCUGUCGUUUGUGCCUAAAAACUCCGAGGAUACGAUCAUUGGUCGGAGAUGUACUACAUUCCGAUGUCAGGCGCGAUAAAAGUGCGCGUGUGGUGAAUCAACACGUUGCGAUCGCGUACGAUUAGGCUCACAGUUCCCCAAAUGUUCUGGAAACACGCGACUUCCCGUCAGCUAGCGCUCGACCGCGUCGACCGCGACGACGUUCUCUCCUGAAGAAAACGGGGCGAGAUAUUCGCGAAUCUGGUCAAGGCCCCCCCAACAUUCGACAACGAUCGUGCGAACAGUCGACUGUUGAACGUGUCGUCCACGCGCCGCAUGCUGCGUGCGUGGUUCCUAAGUGUGUCAGUAGGAUAACCGACGACGUUUACGUUUAACUGACGCUUCUGCCGGAUCAUCACGGGCUACGACGUUCGCUUCCGUGCGAAUAAUUAAGUACGGUAUCUACGAUGCGACUAUAAGCUGUUGAUGUUUACGUAAAGAUCAUACCGCGAUAUCGAUGUUUGUCGAGAUAAAUUGUAGUUGUUUUUUUUUUUUCAACUGAUUAGUGCACGAGUCCCGAGAGAAGGAUUUGAGCCUAGCCAGAGUGCAACAUGUAAACUGUACUCGUAUAAUGGCUAAUAAUAUAUUUUUGAAUAUGAAAUAAUACGAAACCGACUGCCCGCGAUCGCGCUAGAAUCGAAAGCGCAGGUACAAGUUAAUAAAAAAAAAAAAAAAUUUAUCAAGACCAAAGCCGAUACAAGACAAUAAUUAUCGAAUUAUCUCUUAAGAAUUUUUCCAAAAGAUCGUUAUUACAAUCGCGAUCAGUGAUUAUUCACCGAGAACCAGAAGAAAAUUUUUCAACUGGGGCAACUGCUUGUUGUUACAAUACAAUAAGAAAACGCUUUGGGAUUGUGAAAAGUUCGACUUGCAUAUGUCGAUCGCCGGUCUACCGUCCCCUGUCUCUUUCUUCCUCCUUCUUUUUUAUCUUCAUUCCUACUGACAUUGCUUGCGCCGCGACGACAGUGACGUACGCGGCAUAAACCGUACCCUGAGUUCGCAGUUUCGCGAUGGAGGAAGAUGAGAUUCUGGUGCAGGCGAACGACAGUAUCUCGAUCCCAUCGAAAAAGGAAAGCGGUUAUUUCGAGGAAAACUGUGGUGACUUAAGCGACGUCAUCUUCAGUAAUUACAAUCACUAUGGGGCACUCCUCAGCGUCGAUACCGCUGGUAUUUUGAUCAUUAACGAGACCAGACGAUCGGAUCACUGGGAGGAGAGCAGGCAAGGAUCCUCCUUUUCUUCUGGUCUUGUUGAGGAUAUAAACGAUCUUGACGUUAACGACUCUGACGAGGCUAAAGACAACAUCAUCAUCAUCAAACAUCCUGAAGAAACCAUACGUGAUGUAAUCGAAACAUCCGAGGUAGUUCACAGUUCUGAAGGCUCCAAGGAAUUUGUUUAUACCCACGAGGACUCCUCGGCAGUUCUUUGUAUACCUGAAAAUUACGAGAAAAACAUUGACUCUCAGGUACCGGUUUGCAUUCACAAGAACUCAAAAGCAGUCGUUUACAUUCACAAGAGUCCCGAAGUAAUCGAUUGUACCAAGGAGGAUUCGACAAGUGUUGAGCGUGCUACCAGUCCCUCUACCAUCGUUGAAGAUUGGAAUGAUGCGGAAAUAUCUGUUUGUGACACAGUAAACCUAGCGGACAACGGCAGCCAGAAAGUGGACAUGACACACUUUGACUUGCUGAAAGUCCUUGGCACCGGAGCUUACGGUAAAGUUUUCCUGGUGCGAAAGCGAACGGGUGCUGACUGCGGACGGCUUUAUGCCAUGAAGGUGCUGAAGAAGGCCUCCAUCGUACAGAAGAAGAAGACGACGGAGCAUACCAAGUCCGAGCGGCAAAUCCUGGAGGCUAUCAGGGACAGCCCGUUCCUGAUAACUCUCUAUUACGCGUUUCAAACUGACGACAAACUCUGUUUGAUCUUAGAAUAUGUCGCCGGCGGUGAAAUGUUUACGCACCUAUAUCAACAUGACUGCUUCACGGAGGAUGCAGUACGAUUUUAUAUUGGCGAAAUUAUCCUGGCGCUAGAGCGCCUUCAUGACCUUGGCGUAAUAUAUCGGGAUAUCAAACUUGAAAAUAUACUUUUGGAUAAGGAGGGGCAUCUCGUGUUGACGGAUUUCGGUCUCAGUAAAGAAUUCCUACCGCACGAAAGAAAUGGCAAUGCGCGUACUUACUCGUUUUGCGGAACUAUCGAGUAUAUGGCACCGGAAGUGGUAAAGGCAGGCCCAAACGGCCACGAUAUCGCUGUCGAUUGGUGGAGCGUGGGCGUAUUAACGUUUGAAUUACUGACCGGUGCGUCGCCUUUUACGGUGGAGGGCGAGAAAAAUAAUCAACAAGAAAUUUCGAGGAGGAUAUUGAAGAAUGAUCCGCCACCAAUGCCGAGCCAUCUGAGUGCCAACGUGAGCGAUUUCAUCACCCGCUUGUUAAUCAAAGAUCCACGACAAAGAUUAGGCGGUGGACCGCGCGACGCUAAAGAACUCAAAGAACAUCCCUUCUUUAUGGAUGCGGCACCGGCCUUUACUUGGGAAGGUCUGGAGAAGAAACAGAUCAAGCCACCUUUGAUUCCUAAAAUUUCGCACGAAUUGGAUACCAGCAAUUUUUCAGACGAAUUUACGAAGAUGAAUGUCGUCGUUGACAGUCCAGCGGUCAUUGAUGGUGACUAUGCUGACAAACAUUUUAGGGGUUAUUCCUAUGUAGCACCUUCGAUACUAUUCACCGACAACGUGGUGAGCAGGGAUAUCUUCGGUGGCGAAGCCAGUUCGCAACGGCCUUUGUUGUCCGAUCUGUUGAACACGUGUUUCGAAGAGUCCACGUUCUUCCAGGCGUACGAGUUAGACCAAGCGGGACCAGCUCUAGGAUCCGCCGUGAAGAUCGUCAGCAGGCGAGUGGAUUGCAGUCGGGAGGAGAAUCUGUUGCGUGCGUGUCAGCGUCACGCAAACGUAGUGAAAUUGACAGAAGUCCACCACGAUCGACUUCACACAUACAUCGUGAUGGAAUUGCUCUCGGGCGGGGAAUUGUUACAACGACCGCGCCCAUUCUCGGAGCGGCAGGCCAAGCGAGUGAUGCGGCAAUUGGCAUCCGCAGUGCGAUACAUGCACUCGCGUGGCGUAGUGCAUCGUGAUCUCAAACCAGAGAAUAUCGUAUAUGUGCAUCAAGGCGAAGAUUCGCCUGUAAAGAUAGUCGACUUUGGAUUUGCUCGGAUGAAGAACAGCUGCGAGCCGUUACACACGCCCUGCUUUACGCUCCCGUAUGCUGCCCCGGAGGUUGUGGCCAAUCAAGAAUACGACGAGAGCUGCGACAUGUGGUCCCUGGGGACUAUUCUGUAUUUCAUGUUGUCCGACAAUCCACCUUCCCGUACAGAUACACCUAACGUAGCGAUGCGCAUCAAAGCCGGUGAGAUUAAUUUUGACAGCGAGGCUUGGAGUCAUGUGUCUCCCGGUGCGAAACAAGUGAUGAAAGGUUUGUUGAUGAUCGAUCCCAACAAUAGACUCACCGCAGCUUCUCUGGUGUACCAUUCGUGGUUGACGACGCAUGACGCAACGAUUCUUCCGGUAACAUCAGCUACUGAUACGGUUCACGCGGACAAUGCGGUAGCCGUUAGUUCAACGUCAACGCACGAGCGCGAGGGUUUCCAGCUGCGCGCGGUCGAUGCCGCCAAACUGGCUCAGCGUCGCAAGCACAAACGUUCCAAUUCCAGUUCCUCCACAUCGAGACCGUCUUCUUCUUCCUCCUCGAGUCCGUCGUCGGUUCAGUUGCGUCUACCAAGCGCUACAGCAAGUGCUGCAAACACUUCCACCUCGUCACCAAGCGUCUUCGAUUUUAAUGACGAAGUUGUUAACGAGUACCUGAGUUCCCUAUCUUCUUCUUCCGAUUCGAAUUCCUCAGUAAGACUUUCACUCCUGCAAGAAUUCGAGAGAACCGCGAAAAAGCGGACCAAACGCAAUGCCGACGAAUCGUGUCAACCGAUAAUCCCGACGAAAAAGCAUCGACAUCGACGCGACGUUGACAGCGAAACUAGUGGCAGCAGUAGUAACGGUCCAAUGACACGAUCGCGGAAACGUAAACUCGAACAAAUAAUAAAUUCGGACAGAGAUAUAGGUUCUGACAAUUCCGCGGAGUCGUUCGAGUCGUCCUCGCAAGUUGCGCAUGACGAAGGGAAUGUCCAUAGGAGACAUAAAGCUGGCAAGCGGCCGAAACGCCUUGCCACGAUUAUAGUCGAGUAGAGAGUUUUUCCUACUUAUGCUUGGUCCAGUAACGCUCCAAUGAAUUCACACUUUGUUUCCUAUGCAUUUUACACGGUAUAUCUUUAUAACACCGCUGCCUUCUGCGUUCGUACAGGACGCGAACAUCGCAUCAUUCCUAUCUCAUCAGAGUUUUAGAAUAUCGUAUAUAAAUAUAUAAAUAGUUAUAACAUAAUUAUGCCAUCCCAUCUUCUUAAAAAAAAUCUU